UUCACAUCGCAUUUUGAUAUUUCCUUUUUACCAACACACAAACACUCUCUCUCUCUCUCUCUCUCUCGCUUUCAGUUCAUGCAAUGGCGAUUGAAUGUAUGAUCCCAACCCCAAGUCCUGUUCAUGAGGCCCAAGAAACUCAAAUUCAUCCAGCAACGGCUUUGGUUUUCGACUCCUCCGUUCUCCGCCACGAGUCCAACAUCCCAACCGAAUUCGUGUGGCCCGACCACGAGAAGCCGGCCGUCGUCCCAGAAUUCCAGGUCCCGGUCAUCGACCUAUCUGCCUUCCGUUCCGGCGAUCCCGUGGCCAUUGCGGAAGUUUGUAAGCUGGUGAACGAAGCCUGCCAAAAACAUGGCUUCUUUCUGGUGGUUAAUCACGGAGUUGACGCUGACCUCGUCUCCGAAGCUAUUAGUGUCAUGGACCGCUUCUUUGACUUGCCUCUCUCCUGCAAACAAAAAGCUCUCAGAAAGCUGGGCGAGCAUUGCGGUUAUGCCAGCAGUUUCACCGGCAGAUUCUCCUCCAAACUACCAUGGAAGGAAACUCUUUCUCUUAGAUUUUCUGACGAGAAAGAAUGUUCCCACAUAGUGGAAGAGUAUUUCCAGAACAAAAUGGGCCCAGAUUUUGCUGAUCUCGGGGAGAUUUACCAAAAGUACUGCAAUGAGAUGAACAAACUGGCUCUGGAGAUUACGGAAGUGCUGGGGUUGGGUUUAGGCGUAAAGCGAGAGCAUUUCAGUGAAUUCUACCAGGAAAACGACUCGGUAUUGCGACUCAACUACUACCCACCAUGCCAGAAACCAGAGCUCACUUUGGGGACCGGACCUCAUUGUGAUCCAACAUCCUUAACCAUCCUCCACCAAGACAGCGUGAGUGGGCUUCAAGUAUUUGUGGACAACGAGUGGCGUGCAGUUAACCCCACACCCAACGCUUUUGUCGUUAACAUAGGCGACACCUUCAUGGCACUUUCGAACGGGUUAUACAAAAGUUGCUUGCACAGGGCUGUGGUGAACAGUGAGAUUCCCAGGAGAUCCAUAGCUUUCUUCCUUUGUCCUCACAAGGAUAAGGUGGUGACGCCCCCACCAGAAUUGGUGGACUCCGAUCAUCCUAGAGUGUACCCAGACUUCAAAUGGCCGACCUUUCUUGAGUUCACCCAGAAGCAUUACAGGUCUGACAUCGAGACUCUACUCAGCUUCGCUUCAUGGCUUAAGGAAAAUCAAGCCCCCCUUGCAACCCAGUCCUAAGCAGCAGCAUGCAGCGGUAAUAGCAAUAGCAAUAGCAGUACUGCUACUAAGCUCCUAUCUAUUAUCAUAUCCCUACUUUUCUAUCUAAGUAAUUCCCAUUAGGCACCACCAAAAAUAUGAGGAUGUAUGUUGAUGUCUGCACCAGUAAAAAAUAUUAAUUAAUGGAAUUGCCGCUUCUUAUUUAGUAUUUUAUGAUGAA